GGUGCGGCCCGGAUCCCUGGCUGGCCGUGUGCUCCGCCCUCUCCCCCUUUCAGCCCCGCGACCCUCCUCCCCUGGCCGAACAUGGGCGCGCGCGCGUCCCAGGAGUCCCGGACCCGGGUCCAGCCCGGGCUGCGGGUGCUGCUGCCGGUUCUACUUCUGGCGCUGCUGAUGCUGGCGCUGGUGACACCUGGAGCGCAGGGGGCUCGGGGCCGCGGGGCUGCGGACAAGAACAGCCACCGGCGCGCGUCGAGCAGCUUCUCGCAGAGUGUGGGCAGCGUCUUCGGAGAGGACAACGUGCGCUCGGCUCAGAAGUUACUGUCCAGGCUGACUGAGCGGUUCGUGCAGGGAGUGGACAUGUUCUUAGAAACGUUAUGGAAAGUGUGGAUGGAGCUCUUAGAAGUCCUUGGGCUUGACGUGUCCAACCUGUCCCAGUACUUCAGCCCAGCCUCUGUGUCCAACAGUCCCACCCGGGCCCUGGUGCUGGUUGGUGUGGUUCUCCUGGCCUACUGGUUCUUGUCUCUGACCCUGGGCUUCACCUUCAGCCUCCUACACCUGGUGUUUGGCCGCUUCUUCUGGCUCGUGCGCGUCAUCCUGUUCUCCAUGUCCUGCGUGUACAUCCUACAUAAGUACGAGGGCGAGCCCGAGCACGCCGUGCUGCCGCUCUGCGUUGUGGUGGCCAUCUACUUCAUGACGGGGCCCAUGGGCUACUGGCGGGGCAGUCCCGGCGGCCUCUGCAGCCCUAGUGUGGAGGAGAAGCUUGAACACCUGGAGAACCAGGUAAGACUGCUCAACAUCCGCCUCAACAGGGUGCUGGAGAGCCUGGACCGCUCCAAGGACAAGUGAGCGUCAGCUGCCCAGCCGUCCAACCAGCUCGUGAUGUCAGAAGACAGCAGAAAAAGAGAAGAGCCGGCCACCCCACCAAACCCCAACCCUCCCAAUAAACUGAGCAAAAACCGCCACGCCUGGUAUUUCCCACUGUGUGUCGGCCUUAGGAGCCACUGGAGGAGACGGAACUUUCGUAGACUGCCAGUGGAAAACCUUUUUUUAAACAAUGGAUACACCCCUGUUAGCUGUGUAGUCAGAGAACGUCAUCUGUGCAUAGAACAUAAAGCUGAUUUUCUUUUUCAAACAUUUAAAUACAUCUUUUGUAAGGUUUUUAAAUAAAGGCAGAUGGAGUCAAGUUUAUCAGCGCUUUGAAGGGACCACUUGAUGUUUUUAAAGGAGGUUUAAAUUGGCUGGUAAGUGAGAACUGUGCAAAAUCUUUGUCUUCCCCAACGUGACCUUUAUUUCUUGUCUUUUGGGGUUGGUGGUGACCUGGUUAACAAGUGCUGUCUCUCGUUAUUGUGGACACUUGGGCGUCAGAGUUUUGGAUCCUAGAGACCCCGUGAGCUCUCCAUCCAUUUUACUCCUUCAUGUCUAGUUCUGUUUUGUAUGGUGCUGGGGAUACUGAGCCCACCCCCACCCUGUCCAUUGUAUUUCCGAAUGAAGGUACCCACAGACACCCUGAGAUCUCUCUCCUCUCUGGACUUCAGUGUAGACUAACCCUAGCUUUUCCAGAAAGAAAGUACGUGGAUGGAGCUGCAAACUCUGUGGAGUUUGAUGCUAAGAAGUAGGUGGGCCCUGAAGAUCAUUCCAGAAUCCAGCAGAAUUUCACAUUCCCUGUUUGCCAGCCAGGCCCAGAGAGCCAGCUGGACCCUCAUGGGAUUUGCUUAUUUGCUUCCUUUGCUUCUAAUUGACUCAGGACCAUAAAAAAAGAGGAACCAUUCAUGGCCAGUAACAUCCUUCAUUUUAUUCCUUCUAGAACAUUCAUAGGCAUAAGCAAUCUUGAGAUCUGAAUUGUUUGCCCUGAAAUUUUUAUAAUUGUGUGUUAGGUGCUUUUUAAGUCUGGGGUCCAGGGCAUUGCUGUUAAUAGCUAAACCUCUGGGUGCAGAGACCUCUCUGUCAGCAUUCUGUGGAAAGAAAGCUGGCUUUUGCAGGAUGUGACUGGGGUCACCUGUGAGGACCGCGUCCUUCAGUGAACCCUGGAGCCACUGAGUCCCAACUUCAGCUUGGUGGAGGCACUCCUGGAUUCUCAUGGCAGACUUUGGUGGAGGGACCCAGCUGACGCCAGCUCUGGUGCCGUAUGUCUGUGAAGGUCUGUCUUUGGUUACAAGUAGCUGCCAUACAGAUUUGGGUCUCUGAGAAUGUGGCCAAGAGAGACCUCUGUGCUCGAGGUGACACAGUAUGGGACUCUCAUUGUAUUGAAUUUCAUUCCCUUCUGGAACCCAUACUUGGGGAAAUCUCUCCACAGACAUCGGAAACCCACAAUUUCUGGUAUGAACCAUUCUGGUUAUAGUUUUUAGAUACUCUAGGCAAAGCUUGCGGCACAGGGUGUAAGUAGCCAGGGAAAGGGCACAUCGGUGGCUAAUGCCUUCUUUCCUUCCAGGUGUCUGGCCAUAUCAUACUAAAAGGUUGCUUGUCAGAUGUUGGCUAGGCGGUCUCUGUGAAGCUGAGCCUUCUUGCUCCUGCCUUGGCUCCUCUCGGAGGCCACUUGAGAUAUUCUAGGUCGGGUCCGAUACAGUCCACUGUAGCUGAGUGUGCGAUCCCAGAAUUCAGGAGACAGAGGCAGGAGGAUUGCUGCUAUUUGAAGGCCAGCCUGGUCUGAGUGGUAUAUUUCAGGACAGCCAGGGUUACACAGUAAAAGCAAAAGCCAGGUAGCUCAGGAGAGCCAGAGGCAGGCACAUCUGAGUGUGAGGCCAGCCUGGUCUACAUAGUGAGUUCCAGGCUAGGCAGCAUUAUACAUUGAGGCCUUGUCUCAAAACAAUAGCAACAAGAAGGUUAAAAAAAAAAUCUGCAAUAUUUUUUUCCAGCCUGACCAAAUGUAGACUCUAAAGCCAGUUUUAUAGUUGAAUAUAUAUAAUGUGUAUAUACAUAUAUAUGUGGUACAUAUAUUCAUAUAUAUUUAUAUAUGUGCUAUAUAUGUAUUCAUAUAUAUAUUCAUAUAUAUACAUACACAAGAUGCCUUCGUUUUAAUUUUUACAUUUAAUUAUUAUGAUUUUUGAGCAGGGUCUCAUGUAUUUAAGGCUGGCCUUGAACUUGCUAAGUAGCUGAGACUGGCCUUAGACUUCUGAUCCUCCUGCCCCCCUCCCCUGAGUGCAGGAAUGACAUGUGAGUGACAGCACUCCCAUUGUCUGCACGCCUUGGGGUGAACACGGUCUGUGCGUGUUAAGAGAGCACUCUAGAGUCCAGUCCUGGAUGCCUUCAUUCUAAGUGGAAGAAUGUACGAAUCAGAGUAGAAUGUUACUUGAAAUUCUAGUAGUUUUUUGUUUGUUUUUAAAACUUCAGAUGGUGUUAUGGUGUUUGAUGCAUACAUUUUACCUUGUUUGAAUUUUUUUUGUUUUUUGUUUUUUUUAUUUUGUGGUAAGGUCUCUCUACAUAGCCCUGGCUGUCUUGGAACUCUCUGUGUAGACCAGGCUGCCCUCUAACUCAUAGAGAGCCGCCAUUCCUGACAUUGUUUGGAUGUAAUCAUGGCUCCCCAGUAGUUAGAGAUUUUUCCUUUUCUUCCGUGGACGUGUGCAGCUUAUUGGCCCCUCCCAUUUCUUUUGUAUGUGGAAAGAUGUAUUUUUGUACCUUUCUUCACGCCUUAUCUUCAGGGCUGUGCACGACCCCUCCUUAACUGAAUAACAUGAUAAACAUUUGGAUGGCAGCUACCGUGGAUCUAUUGUAAUUAAGGGGCAGGGGCAGGCGAUAUGGCUCAGUGGGGAGAGGUACUUGUCACCAAACCUGAGUUUGAUUCCCGGGACCAACAUGGUGGAAAAAAACAGACCACUCCACAGGGUUUUUUUUGUUUUGGGUUUUUUUUUUUUUUUUUUUUUUUUUUUUUUUUUUUUUUUUGGAUUUGUUUUUUUUUUUCAAGACAAGGUUUCUCUGUAUAGCCCUGGCUGUCCUGGAACUCACUCUAGACCAGGCUGGCCUCGAGCCUGCCUCUGCCUCCCAGAGUGCUGGGAUUACAGGCGUGUGCCACCACACCUGGCUCACUCUACAGGUUUUCCUCAAACCUCUACACGUGGGCCAUGGCUUCCCGCCCCUCGGCCCCAGUAAAUACAUAGAGACUUUUUUGUUAAUGAAAAGAAGAUAGUGUAAGGAUUUUUAACUGUUUCAAAGUCAGUGUUAAUUCCCCGGUUGUCCUCUCCCACAUUAAGUCCUUGCUUUACCAAGGACAGGACUGAUGUUAUAUCGGCUGCCUCUGGGCUUAGCUUAGGGUAUUCGGGUUGGUGAUUUCUGAUGGUGGUGUUUUAUUUUGAAUUUUUUAUUUUAUGUAUAUGGGUGAGUUUUUUUGUUCGCUUGUAUGUCUGUGUACCACGUAUAUGCUUGAUGCCUGCAAAGAGGGCAAGAAGGUAUUUUAUACCCUGGAAUUAAUGGCAGGUGUCAGCUGCCUUGUGGAUGCUGGGAAUCAAACCCAGGCUCUUUGGAAGAACAGCCAGUGCUCUAACCACUGAGCAGUCAGUCUCCACAGCCCUAUGGUUUUGGGUUUUUGAGAUGGCGUCUCGUUUUCCUGACUGGUCUCGAACAGGCUAUCUGACAGAGAAGGACCUUGAACUCCUGAUCCAGAUCCUUCCGAACGCUAGGAUUCGAGACAGAUGCCAACAUGCCUGCUUUAUGCAAUGCUCAGGAUGGAACCCAGGGCCUCCUACCUUUUACAUCAGCAUUCUACCAAACUAGCCCCCGCCCCAGCCUGCAGUCAGUGUUGAUAGUGAUUUCUCCCGUUCUAGUCAGGAGGCUGAUGGUAUAGGACACAGGCACCUUUCACAGACUCACUUUCCACUGCUGCCAGCGUCCUCCACCCUUCGGGUCCUUUGUUGAGACUUGGUCCUCUUUUAACUGGCAAUAAGUGUGGAGAAGAAUAUCCUCAUGCUGGCCUUGUGGUCGUCUAUUCAUAAAGACCCAGGGAUAACCCUAAGAGGCAGCCUGGGCUUAUGAGGCCACAGAGCUGUGGAUAAGGUGCCAGGAGGGCACGUCUUUCCUCGGUACCUCAUGAGAGCCUCCAAGGGAAGGUCGGGAGCACUGGUCUAGGGCCCUGGCACACUCACGAGGGGCCUGUGUGUGAAUAGCUCUGCUUGCACACACGGUCCUGCCACCUGGCCUGCUCACAGAUGGCUCGGAAAUAGUAUGGCCAGAAAGCCCGAUGUACUUGCAAACCCAAGUCUCAAGAUAGAUAGGAAGGUGCUGAGUUCAAAGUCAUCCUGGUCUACAUGGCAAGACCCUGUCUCAGCAAACAAACCCAGCGUGUUCAAAAAGAGUCGGUACAGAAUCUAACAAAGCGAGGCUCUUCAUCUUGUGGUUGGUGGGCAGCCUGAAGUACUUCCCUCCUUCACCCCCUGUUGCUUUAGUUUGUUCUGAGACAGGGUCUCACUCUAGCCCAGGCUGUCUCACACUUGGACAUCUGCUUGCCUCUGCCUCCUAAGUACCGGGAUUUAAGGUGUGCACCACCGUGCCCAGAAAAACAGCAGUGGUGUGCCUGGGGUGCACCUGGUUGCUACAAGGAAUUUCCAAGGCGACCCUCCCAGCCUCUUUACGUUCAAGCCCUGGGCUUCUGAGCUCUGCCCCCAGCGUGAAAGCUGCUUUCAAAGCAACCCGUGACUAUUCUGUCAUGUUUUUGAUUUUGACCAUUUAUGUUCUUGUGCUUUGGGCUCUUCACCUGUGAAUUGUAGAAAUAUACAUAUUUUGUGGGUUUUAACCCAAUACUCUUGUCACUGGACAGCGUCCUGGCUGGCAUCAGCAAGCUUCAGCCUGUUGCAUCCUUCGGUGAUUUGCUCUUUGGUGGUCCCUCCAUCGCUAGGACAGACACGGAGAACCUGUCUUUCUGUCCUGGUGGCACAAGAAGCACAUUCUUAUUGUCCCCGGGACAGCUAUGGCAGCCAGCGGCAUACCUGACUCUCCGCCCGAUGUCUCUGCAGAUUUCAAGCUUAUGCUGUUGUGUCAGUUUCCCGUCUGCAUCUGUGAUAAAUCUCUAAAUAUCCUGUAAUUAAAUUAAUUUCUUGCGACAGUGAUCAGUGUGCGGUUAAAUCCCCCAUGAGGUAAUUAGUUCCCUGUUUUUAGCUGCAGGUUUUGUUUGUUUUUUAAGCCAAUAACUUCUUCACAGUUGAGUUCCUGUUUUGUGUCUCAGCUUAGAAAUUUUAUAUAGUAGUUAGUUCGACACAAUAGAAAGCCAUUCCAUGUGAACAUAGUGGGGUGUGUGCACACAUGCACAUGCGCAAACAUUAGUUGGGAAGCUGAUUCUACGAAUAUCUUAAAUAGAAAAAAAAAGCGUCAGGCUUAGUAUUUUUUUUGCAAAGUGAUGGAUACAUUCCUCUUAUUAAUCACUGGCUUGAUAUUAGAGGUCUUUGUAGAUCGACUUUAAGAACUGGAUUAAAAUGUUGUGAACAUUGCGGCUUAAUAAAUGUUUACUGUAAUGUU